AUGGAUCACACGCGCGACCCCUGCCCUUGGGUUAUCCUGAACGAUUUUGGUGGUGCUUUCGCUAUGGGAGGUAUCAAGGGCUUCCGCAACUCACCGUACGGAGAACGCCGCAUUGGUGCCAUCUCUGCGAUUAAGAUGCGCGCACCUGUUUUGGGCGGCAACUUUGGGGUUUGGGGAGGCCUUUUCUCAACGUUUGAUUGUUCAGUGAAGGGAAUUAGGCAAAAGGAGGACCCCUGGCAAGCCACACCCACCCUUCAAAGAACAUUGUCAGAAUUAUUGCUAAUUUAUAGAAGGAACGCGAUAAUUGCUGGAUUCUUCACAGGAGGCAGCUUAGCCAUCAGAGGCGGAUACAAGGCUGCCAGGAAUGGUGCCAUCGGAUGCGCAGUUCUCUUGGCUGUCAUCGAGGGUGUCGGUAUCGGAUUCCAGAAGAUGUUUGCGGGCUCGACCAAGUUGGAGAUGCCCCAGCCUCCUCCGUCAGACGGCGCCAUGGUCUAA